UUCAACAUGUGUGAUGUUUCCAGCAUGGAAACAGACAUCGUAAAUGAUAAUAAUAAAGAGUGUGCAGCCGAAAAUGCGAUAAAAAAUGAUAAUCUAAGCAAGGAUAUAAAGAAUUUAGACAAUAAUAGUCCAUGCGAACGGAAAUUAGAAACCAAAAAAAGUGAUGAGGGUCUCACGGAGGAAAGUAUAUUAUCACAACAUGAUACUGAAUGUAAAAUAAAACCAGAAACAAAUAGUACUAAUAAACAGAAACUAAAAGACGUACCUAUAGAUAAAAUUGAUUCUGUGAGUUCACAAUCCACUAAUAGUGAAUUCAGUGAAGAGCAUAUAACUUAUACAGAUGAUGGCAUAGCGAUUUAUACGUGUCCUAAAACAAAUUAUAAAUAUAAAUGGAGCGCAAAAGAAGAAAAGUGGGUUUCUUUGGAAGAACAACCGGAAAAUGAACAUUAUUCAUGGUGUACAGAUACGAAACAAUGGAAACCUAAAAAUCCGGAAACUGAGCACUACAAAUGGAAUGCAGAAACAAACAGUUGGGAACUCAAAGCAACUGAAAAUUCAACCGCAAAUAAUGAUGCUAAUACAGAUGGAAAUGCAAGUUCUGAAUCUGUUACAUAUGGUGUUGAUGAAAAUGGCCAUCGCACCUAUACGGACAAAGAUGGUGCAGUUUUUUUCUGGGAUACAUCGAAAAAAGCAUGGUUUCCUAAAAUUGAU